CUUCUUUCUCUUUUUUUUUUUUCUCUCUAUCUAGGUUCUCCGAGAACCCAGAUCUAGUUCAUCAUCUAGAGGGAUUCUGAUGGCUUUGAUUAGCAAGGAGGAUGGUGAACAGUAAGAAGGAGAAAGGAAAGGAGGGAGAGAAAAAAAAGGGCUGGCCUCUGUGCCUUCACUGGAUCCUUUCGUUCCGCCUUAACAUCGAACCUGGGACAUUGACACCAAAGCCACAACUACAAACCAUACCGCUUUCUUGGUCAUCUACGUACAAUAAUCGAUCGGUUCCUGGUCGUUUGCUGUGUUUGGCAAAUUCUCAAGGUCCUCACCUGAAUCGGCAAUUGGGUCUCCUAAACCCUUCUGUUAAAAGAUUCAAGCUUUUCCCUUUACCCUCUGAUUCAGAUGAUUGCUUAAAUUUGGCUGAACUUGGAUUCGGCUUCCACUUCACCAUUGCUUUCAAAGUUGUAAGGUUUCUUCACGAUUGCACAUGUUUGGCUAUUCAGGAUCACCAUCACUCUAAGGAUUUAUUCUUCUUCGUCUUCAUCAUCCUUCUCGUAAGAAGAGCUGUCUAAAUCUUGUUCACCUAAUUCCUCAGGCAUUUCGUUGAGGUUUCUAAACCUAACCGGACUUGGUCCCCCUCCUCAUCAUCAUCACUGGCACUAGGCGCUGGCGCCUGCUCCUCAUCAACUUCGCUAGCAGUAGGCGCCCGCACCUGUUAUUCGCUAUCACUUGGUAAUUUUGUUAUGUUGUCAAGAUGAUUAAAAGUACUGCUUGAAC